AUGCCAGAUUUUGGAGUCAUAUCUACCAUCUAUUUACCUAUCUAUGCUUCCCCUCACUUAUCUAAGCUCAGUCGGUUCCCCCCCCCCUCCCCUCCAAGUCACCAACCGGAACUUGCUUUACUUACCUUUUCCUUUCCUUCCCGUCCACACACACACACAUACCAUACGCAGCAGAAAUUAUCUAUAUCGUCUUUGCUCCAUUUCACGCACACUCGACUUCCUCUACAAACAACACUCAUCACACCAGCAAGUCUACCGAGUGCCUGCGAAACAGGAAUACCGUGCAAGUCGGACCAAUUAGGUGUGCCGGGUUUAGCAAGUAACGUCGUGCGGGGGGGGGGGGGACCCCUGCUAGUUUUGGGUGCUAGGACACGCGUGGAGUUAGUUUUGCUGCGGUAUGAUUCGGGGUUGUUCGUUUUGGAUAUUCCGGUGGUAGGCGUGGGGGGGUUGGGGGUUUUGCGCGCGCGUGGGGGGUAG